AUUUAUAAAUAACUAUUAAACUGUUGAUAUUGGAAACAUUGUGGUCUGUCGUUUACCCUAAGCUAACUACCAUGUCAGAAUUUCUAGAUUACAUAUAUUCUCUUUAGGAGUAUAUAUAUCUAACUGCCUUACAAGUAACUUCUUAUCUAUAUAACCCAAUUGAUUUACUAGAAGAUCCGACAAGCGAUUUAAUCUAAAAGUGAUAGUAAAGAAUAAGAUAAGCGCAAAAACCAACUGUUAUAAAAAUGACUGUUUUUUGCAAUCAGAAGUCAUAGUCACUUGAAGCCAGCAAAAUGAAAGCCAUUUGCCUACUACUCUCCGUGUUUUCCCUGUGCUUGGCUUACUUGGCCAGUGCCGAAGCAGUUGAAAAUGCUGUGCCUCAAAUAUUUAAGAAGUAUUCAACCUCCUGCAAGGAGUUAAAUCCGAAGAAGAGCGGUGUCCAGAAGAUCCGAAUUGGUAAUGAUAAAAUUGAUGUGUAUUGCGAUGUAACAAUCGCCGGAAAAGGAUGGUUGGUCAUCCAACGAAGGGUUAGUGUGGAUACGAACUUCUUUCGCAAUUGGACUUCCUAUGAAGAGGGUUUCGGUGACCUCAAGGGAAACUUCUUCAUUGGUCUGCGCAAUCUGAACAAGAUUGCAUCCCUUGAACCCCAGGAGCUGUAUAUUGAAUUGGAGGAUUUCAGUGGAGAAAGGCGAUAUGCCCACUAUGAUCUCUUCAAUGUGGGCAAUGUGUACAGUAACUACUCGCUAAUACAGCUGGGAAAGUACAGUGGAAAUGCUGGAGACGAUCUAAGGUAUCAGCUUAACCAGUCCUUCAGCACUUUUGAUAGGGACAACGAUAACAGCACACUUAAUUGUGCUUCUAGGUACCGUGGAGCUUGGUGGUACAAUGAUUGUCUUCACAGCAAUCUGAAUGGUGUCUAUUUGGAUGGUGGAUACAGUGAUUCGGAACUCUUUGCCGCUGGAAUCAUUUGGGGAGCUUUUAAGGGCUACACAUAUAGCCUAAAAACUGUUAACAUUAUGGUGCGACCGAAAUAAACUAUAAAUGUUUGUGAUAAAGAGACUAUCUAAAUAAUAAAACAUUAAAAAACUUGUCUUAAGACAUACAUUUAACAAGAACUAGUAUAUAGAACUUACCUAUACAAAUAUACAAUUAAAGAUGAUUUGAAUUAAUA